CAGGAGAGAGACAGGGAGGUUAAUGUGAGACUAAUGUAAGAGUUCAGUGUUGGUAGUUAUUGCUGCUUUGGUGGAUUUUGUGCGUGAAACAAACAAACCACAUCUCUCUCCACCUGUUGCCUAUAUGAGGCAAGUGUGGAAUAAAGAAGCUGUAGAUGAUAAACAAGACCGAUGCACCACAGUGAUCAUUACUUUAAACUGGCAACACCGUUGAAUACUUCAUUACACCUUAAUCGUUGCUUGUGUUGAAUGGCGUAAAUGUGAAUGUCGGGGCGGAGUGAUCGAUAGGGGUGUGAUCAUUUUCGAGAUGUUCCGGAGCUGUUGUUGCAGGUUUUGCAAUAACAAAGACCUAUCCAGAUCUCACAAUGAGCUGAAUGUCAACACCACAGCUGAGAGUGGAAGUCAUAUUACAGCACCUUUGCUGACUAACAAUACAAUAACAGGCAAUGUUCACAUCAUACAUAAUGCACCUGGUUUCACUGGGUAUCACACACAAUCUGAAAAAGAACAAACUUCAGAAAUCAGCUCAGUGAUUCUCAAAUACAAAAAGCAGAUCUGCAGUGAGUAUCAGUAUGUGACCGAGUAUAACUCUCUGCCUGGUGAACAAGUGCUGCUGUCUGAGCGCUUCACGCAACCACUGAUUCUUCAGACACAUAGAGAUCAACAAGAGAGAGAAGAGGAGAUCUGCUCCAGUGGAGAGGACUUCCAACAGGUCCUCAGCUCCAGGAGCAGUCAUGAAUCUAUUCACCUGAACUCUCUGUUCAACCCAGAUAAGCGUGGAAUUAGUUAUAUUGCUAUUAUAUUGCAGGGAAAUUGUGGGAAUGGGAAAUCCUUCACUGUGCAGAAGAUUAUGCUGGACUGGGCAUCUGAUAAACUCUACAAAGGUUGCUUUGAUAUUGUGUUCCACUUAAAGUGUAAAGAAAUAAACCGCAUUCCUGGCAAAAAGAAUUUGGCGGAGAUCUUGAGCUACAGCUGCAGUUUAACAUCAGAUGAGAUCUCACAGAUACUACAGCAGUCACAAGAGAAGGUGCUUUUCAUCAUUGAUGGAUUUGAUGAACUAAAACUCACACAGGACAUUUAUGACAUGUCAGCACACACUGAUCCUCUUCAGGGAGCUCCACCUGAGGUCAUUUUUUGUGCUCUGCUUAAAGGUCAGAUCCUGCCAGAGUCCUUCUUGCUGGUCACCACCAGAUCUACAGCUACAGACACACUGGGUAAACUGCUCAAAGGACCUCAUCGUUUCUCUGAGAUCAUGGGAUUUUCAGAAAAGGGGGUGGAGGAGUACUUCCAGAAGUUCUUUCAGGAUGAGGAACUCUUUGGGAAAGCCUAUGAAUGUGUGAGAGCAAAUGAAACUCUCAUCACCGCCUGCUCCAUCCCUGUCAUCUGCUGGAUCAUUUGCACGGUUAUGCGAGAAAGGUUCAGUGAUGGUGCAGAUGUAACAAGCGGACUGGAAACCACCACCUCCAUCUAUGUUGACUUUGUGUCCACUCUACUGGAGCAUCACUGCCAGGGUUUGAGUCAGUCUGUCCCGACCAUGCUGAGGAGUCUUGGUCAGCUGGCAGAGAGAGGGAUGCUGGAAAAACAAGUCCUGUUUGAUGAGGAAAGUGUGAAUAAAAUAGGUUUAGACCCUGCUGCCAAUCCAUUCCUGUGCAAGUUCCUCUUUAAAAAAAGGAUCUGUCAGGAGACGAUGUUCAGUUUCAUGCAUCUCAGCUUUCAGGAGUUCUUCACUGCUCUCUACUACAUCUCACUUGACAACAAGAUGUUCACAGGAAAGCUCAGAGAGAUGGCUUAUACAUUUUCUUCAAGUUAUGAAGUUGUGCAUCGAUUUCUUUUUGGUCUUUUGAAUGAAGAUGUUAGAUCCACACUUAAGAGGAAAUAUGGUGUGUCUGUUCAUCCAGACAUAGAGAACAGUCUGAAAAAAAGUCUAUUUCAAGGGCGCUGUGUUUUUUUCACUCUUCACUGUCUGUAUGAGCUCCAUGAGGAAAGCUUUGUGAAAGAAGUUUUAAAUGCAGAGAAACAUAUUUUUAUUUCUUAUACACCUCUAAGAAGAACAGACUGUUGGGCCCUGCUGUACUGCGCACUGUGUUGCGAGCGCAUCAAAGAACUGACUCUCUAUUGCUGCAAAUUAGUCUCUGAAAAUCUGUCUAUAAUUCAGCCAGUACUCCACAAGUUUGAAAGAAUAACGUUGACACCAGAAUCUCAACCAGAUUCUGCUCUUAUUAAUCUGAUUCAUGUUCUCACAAGAGGACAGACACUGAAGUCACUGAGUGCUCGGAUUGAAAUUGCGUAUUCACAUUCUGAGUGCCGUUCUAUCAGUGCACUUGAUAUGUCAAUCAGUGAAAAACUGUCCAGGGUCAAAGUUUACCCUCAAUAUGGACAAUUCUCAGAAUUCAGUCUUACUUUUCUACAAUCACAUCUAAAUAACAUUGACUGGACAACCCUCUUCCGAGCACUUCAAACAGACAGCAAAGAAGUGUCAAUGUAUUACAUCUCUAGUUUGUCUGGAUUGAAGAAGAUGGAACUGUGGGUGGAAAAUCUGAAUGAGAGUUGGGCAAUUCAGAUUAUCUCCCUCAUUAAGAACUGCCCCAGUCUAACUGAAUUCUUGAUAUAUGGUGGCUGUAUACAGGAGGAGGGAAUCAAGGCUUUCCAGAAGUCACACACCAGGCCUGACUGUGCCCUGACAUAUGAAGGAUCUAAAUGCCGAAGUGAUCCUUGGACUACGAACUACAUACACUGGAAUAACUGCAAUGAAAGAGUGCAAAUUCAACUGCAUGCAGGGGGCUUUUUUAUAGAGCCUUUGCGACCGCUCUUGUUUCCAAACUAAGCUUGGAUGGUGGAUGGUGGCAGUUGUACUCAGACCUGUGGAUAGGGAUUCAGAGCAUCAUUUGGAUCCGUCUCUUUCUAUUAAAACAAUGUAAAUAUAAUAUGAAUGUCAGGUGUAAACAUCUUGUGUUGGUAUCAAUUUUAAAAUGCAGUUUGUCAAAGAUGUAAUAAUAGGAAUUGUUUAUAGUGUGUGGAUAUCUGUUGUUUGUUUUUCACCACAAACAUUCAGUGUAAAACAUCAUAAAUGAACAGUUUCCUUAUUCAAGUAAUGUCAUACAAAGUGGUGUAUUACAAAUAUGUACGUACAUAAAUAUGAAUAAAUUUGGAAUUUACAGAUGUUAUUUGCAAGUCUCAGUGCCUGCAGUGGAAAUCCAUACAAUACAAUAUGAACAGGAUGACAUAGGAGACACCUGUUUGAGAUUAAUGAGAAAUUAGUUACUGAUAUUUAAUUGUACAUUAUAUUGCUUACACUUUUCAACAAAUUUUCAGCAUUUGUGUGGGGAUAUGAGAGAGAAAGAAUUUCAGGGUCUGAAUGUUAUAAGAGUGAGUUGGGGAGAGAGGAAAGAGAGCAAAGUUAAAAGGUUCUUUUGUUUAAGGAUUCCUGUAUUUUAGGUUGGCCUAGAGAUUUGACUAGAUAUGUUUGUUGCACACUUCUCAUUCUGACGUUUAGAUGAGCUCAAUUCAUCAAUGUUCAAUGUAAUUAAGAUUAUGGGAAAUUCAUUCGAAAAGGCACCCAUAUUGGGGUAAGUGGGUGGCAACUGUGUUUCAGUAAUUGUCUUAGAUCUAAUUCAAACAGCUGUUAUGACUGUUGUCUUGUGGUUAUAUUUAAAACAUCUGUAUAACAUUAAUUUCCCUAGCA